AUGGGCUUCUUCAACCGCAACCGCGAGACGACGACUCGCGAUCACAGACUGGCUGGCAAGUCGCAUUCUCGCCGCCAUGAGCCGUACAGCAUGUCUACACGACCAACCUUUGGUCAGUGGUUGAAGCAUACUUGGCUGGAUAUCCUCACCAUGGCCAUCAUGGGCGCCAUUGGACUCGGCGUUUACAUGGCGCACCCAGCACCUUCAAGAUCCUUUGCCGUCACAUUUUCCGAUGGCGAGAUCGUGUACCCCGAGUUUGCGUAUCCUCUGAGAGAUGAAAUCAUCCCCAUCUGGGCCGCCGCCCUGCUGGCGAGCUUGGUCCCCAUCCUCAUCUUUCUCCUGAUGCAGAUCCGAAUUCGCUCCUUCUGGGACCUCAACAAUGCUGUUAUUGGUCUCCUUUACUCUCUCAUCUCGGCCGCCGUUUUCCAGGUCUUCGUCAAGUGGCUUAUCGGAGGCUUGCGUCCACACUUCCUGGAUGUCUGCAAGCCAGAUGUCAGCCUGGCCAAUGACCAGGGUUACAACAAGAAAGGCUACUUGCAACUGUACUAUACCAAGGAAAUUUGCACGGGCGACCCAGACCAGAUUGACGACAGCCUUGAGGCUUUCCCAAGUGGCCACACGACUGCGGCAUUCGCAGGUUUCAUCUACCUCUACCUGUAUCUCAACGCCAAGCUCAAGGUCUUCUCCAACUAUCACCCUGCUAUGUGGAAGCUCAUCGCCAUCUACGCUCCUGUUCUCGGCGCUGUCUUAAUCGGAGGUGCGCUCACCAUUGACAAGUUCCACAACUGGUAUGAUGUCGUGGCCGGCGCCAUCAUCGGUACAAUGAUGGCAUUUUCCGCCUACAGAAUGACAUACGCCGCUGUGUGGGACUGGCGAUUCAAUCACAUUCCCCUUAACCGAGGCUCCCCCUUUAUGUAUGCUAUCGAAGGUGGCGAGUUGACCGAUGCUGUCUUCACGAGGAAAGCUGGCUGGGGAGGGUAUGGCGGAAGUAUUACGGGAGAUAAGCAUCGUCACAACGGUGGACUAGAUGGACACCAUACGACGCCCACAAUUCCUCGGAGAGCCGUGGGAAGUGGUCGAAGAGCCCAAGAGGAUCUGGUCUAA